AUGACAGAGAAACGCCCUGCACGAAUCAGAAAGGUUCAAAAUUAUUCUUUACUGGCAGGUGAUAGUGAUAAUGAGUUUUUUGAAGAUUGCGAACCAGUCAAACACAAAAAGUCUGAUGAUGAUGAUGAGAAGUCAGCAAGCAAACCUACAAAAGCUAAAAAGAAAACGGUGAAGAACAAGUCGGCAACAAUACAGUCUGAAACAACUCCUGCACUAAGAGAGAAACCACCCGAGAAAAUCAACGUUGAAGCAAAACAGAUUAAUUGCAUUUCUACAGUUUCCCACUCUGAAACAUCCAGACCAACUGUAUCACUUUCCAGCCCAAAAACCUUGUCAAAAUCUGUUCCUUGUACCCCUGUUCAUUCACCUUCACCGCUUUCUAAUCUGACUACGCCACCCUCUUUAGGUAAAACCUUUUUCCCUGUCACUCCAUCUAG